UAAUAGAAUAUUACUAAAAAGAGAUAGUGUUCCCUAUAACUGCAUGAUAAGCCCACAUUAAAUUUAGGCUGCUGAUUUUUUUCCUGCCAAGGACAAAUUAAUCUUUCCCAAUCUGAUGUUUUCCUGAUAAUUUGGUACUGCAGUUCCUGAAAAUCUCAGACAAUACAGCUAACAAGAAUAGUAGGGUUGUAUUUGAAAAGUUUUGCUUUAUGACCAAAUAAACUAGAAAACUAGAAAAAAAGUUUAAACACUUUUGCCUGUAGUGCAAAAGUCAGAAGAUCUUUGUCAGGAAGAGAUGAUGGUAAUUCUAAAUUUGUUUAUUCCUCAUUUUAAUCAAGGGAGAGAGAUCUACAAAGAUGUAUCUGUUUACCAUUAAUUAACAGACAAUAACAGACAAAUGUGAUGGUUUCUAUUUAUCAAAAAUUAAGUCAGCACACAAGUACCAGAUACAAUUAAUACAAAAAGGGAACACUAUCUCUUUAAAAGAAUGUCCAGGAAAAGCUGUCCCUCCCAUAUCUUGUAUCUCAUUUGCUAAUCCAGUUCACAGUAGAGGAAGAAUUGGUACUGAGACCUGUCAUUCUCAACUAAUCUCUUCCUUCUUUCAAUGUCCAAUUCUACUGGCUUCUGUUUAUUAAAUACAAGUUGGAAAGCAGGUUCAUUUACCUAAGGAAGGACUGAUCAUGCAACCUGUGGACUCGGAGAGAGCCUUAAUUAAAAUCACCCACUGUGACAAAGACAUUUUUGGCUGCUUAGUUCCCAAGAACUGUCCAUUGUGUGGGCAAAGAUUGAUUUACGGAAGUCUGGAAGAAGCACCUGUUAGUAUUCCAAGCCCAUUUGUUAAUGGACACCGAGAAAGAUGUUCUUUUUUACUGAAGCCUACUAUAGGAACAUUUCUAAGAGAUUAUGAUGGAGAUUCUGACCUUCAUGUUGGAAUAACUAAUACCAAUGGUUUGGUGUAUAAUUACAAUGAAACUGGUAUUACCAUUGCUGAAUAUGGCUGGGAACAAUGUGUCAGCAUUCCACUAGUGAAGCCUGAUAUGUAUGGCCUCCUUAACCAAUGGGAUACCUAUCUAGAACAAUUUUCAGCAACAGAUAUUUGGCUUCCACACAGGUAUGAAGAAUGUUUCCAUAAUUGUUAUACGUAUGCACUAACAUUUAUUAAUUGUGUGCUGGGUGCCCAAAAGCAGCAGCAAAUGAAUAAAAAUGAAUUUACAGAGAAAUUUGUAAUUCCACAAACAAGAAAAGCUUCCAAAUAUAUCACCAUCUACAAGGAAAUAUGCAAGAACGGUUUUUAUGUUGUUGUUGACCAUCCUGCUCAAAAAGGCAGUACUUCUACCAAUGCCAUUUGACUUUAGGCCGAAACACUUACUGUAAGUAAAAUUAAAAUAUUUGAGUUAAGACAUAAGGUGUUGUUCUUAUCUUGUUGUAAGGACACUGGAAAACAUUAUCAUCAUACUUAAUUGGACAGAAAUCCAAGAAAAAUCAGAACUAUUUCCUAUUAUCCAUAAAACUGCAGAAACUGAAUCAUAAUGUAAUCUUUCUAAUAAACAUCUUUUCUACCUGU